UAGAGCCUGAAAAAUGUUUUCUCCCGUCAUUUUUUUGGCAGAUGGACCGCUUCACGCGAAUGCGACAGAAAGUAAAACAAUACACAAAUAAGCACACCAAGCACCGGCAAACAGUUACCAUGGCAUCUACGAUCAAUUCAAACGACACAACUCAAACUGGUAACCAGAGCGUCGAGUCGAAAGUCGAUUCUACGAAUAAUACGGACAUGAUCUAUUCUAUGGAGUCCAAAAGGCAGAAACCGGUCUCCAAAAAUUUUUCGGUGAUCUUUGGAGAUCAAUUUAUCGACGAAGAGCGUGUAGAAGUAGGAAGUGACAGUCGCUACAACCAAGCGAAGCUUCGCUGCGAAGAAAAAAUACCUCAAGACGGCUCCAACAUCAAGGACGAGGAUGUAUCUAAAUUGUUCACAAACACCAAUAACUACAUGGCAGAGGAAGACCGCAACGAAUGUAUCCGGAAGAAAAUCAAAGAAGAUAUCCGAAAUGCGAGCAGAAUGUCAGCGGACUCCCUCUUUUCUCUAAAAUCGUCUUUGGGAAAAGUCGAGACAUACCCGGCCGAUUGUUAUUCUGUGAUGGCCAUCCACAGUCCCUUUGAAAAACCGUUCUUUUUCUUUUUCGGAUUCAUGGUAUUUUGCUUCCAGGUUCUAUUUUUGAGCUACAUGGUGAUUAGCCAAGUGGCGCCAGAUUUUACCAUCCAAGGGGAGAUCGACAAUCCGUCCAACGGUAUCAUUGCGUCCUUUAUUCCCUCAAAUGUGACGGAGUUGGUGAGAGCGACUCAGUUCACGGCGAUUCUGAGCUAUUGCAUCUUUGCCGAUUCUUCCCUCAAGGAUUGUGUUAUGGCUGUGGAGUACUUUCCCCGCUUGGGUCGGGCCAACAAGGAGGACAAAGUUUGGAUGGCGAUUUUUUCUUGUGUCCUGCGGUUCAUCUCAGGAUUUCUGGCCAUUUUUGCUACCUUUUUGCUUAUCAUAACCUCGGAUGAUGUCAUUGAUAUCAUCCUGAAUUUUGCCGCUGUGAACUACAUUUCAACCCUGGAUGAGGCGGCAUUUGAAUUGGCUAAGUACGGCAAGUACGGUCCCCAAUUGGAGAUCGAGACCAAAUCCAUUGAGCGACGACCGAUUCCUUAUUGCAUCUACCGGAAGCACAAUCAUGUUCGUUAUUUGUUUACGGUUUUUCCGAUCACCUUUUGUCUCUUGCUUUCAGUUGGUGCGGUCAUUUUCGGCCAGGAAAGUACACAUUUCUGGGUGACAAAAACGAUGCGGGUGCAAUUCAAGGAAUCAACCGGCCUUCACAAAUAUAGCGGUUGCUAUGGCAUGGUAAAAGGAGUCAACUACUACAAACGCCGGAACUACCUGGGGUUCACAGAAAAUUUGGCACCGGGGGCUAUUGGGUAUUGCAAGCAACAUCGACACUGGAAACUGUUCAAGAACGAGGGCCAAAGUGGCUGUGAUUUGGAAGGCACAUGCGACCCUUGCGAUGUACCACGUGAGAGAGAACUGGCCCAUUCUAGUAAAACCGAAACUUUCGACGUUUCAACUGUCUUUGAUGCCUUGUGGUAUUCGGCGUCGGGAACGCCACUCGAUCUAUACUUUUUCGAGACAGAGAACAUGGGAAAGGACUUGGAGAAACACUGCUCUUCCUUUUUGAACGAUGGAAACUGCGACUUGUUUUUCAACACUCCGGACUAUCAGUAUGACGGAGGAGACUGCUGCGCCUCCACAUGUGACAAGUCGAACUGUGGAACAGGCGGCAUCACCGAUGCCUUUGGUGCGCAAGUAGAAUCCGGAGAUGGAUAUGCCAAUUGCCGUAACCCUCGCAUGGAACCUGUGACAAUCCAUCUCAAUUCCAUUACAAGCAGUCGCAAUCCAGACCUGCUAAAUGUGACAGCAGACCAAUUGGCCGAGCAUGAACGGGAAAAGGGAACUGAUUUCUGGACGGAAGAACCGGUGACACCCCUUAUGAUAGUGAAUUGUGACGGUAUCACUAUCCUGUCGAUUUAUGUCGACAAAAAGAUGGAGAACUCGUCGGAAACCAUCAUGGUUGAGGAUGGAGCUAGGUGCAGGAUCAGUAUCGACAAUUCGACCGGCUUUUUCAAAAAUUGGGACAACGAGGCCAUCUGGUGGGUCGACUAUACCGUUUAUCACGGAAAUACCACCACCAACGAAAUCGUUUCCGCACAUAGCUAUGACGUUGAUACCAUCAAUUUUAACCGAGUCCCCAAUUGCUACUUCGAUACAUUUGAAAACUUAAUCAAUCUUUCGACGGCUUACGUUUCUGAUGACCAUUCGUCUUACGCACUGUCGUGGCUGUCCAACGACGGAUCUGCAUGGUGCGAGGAUGGAUUUUUGAUUGAGCGGUUUGCCCUUGCUUCCUUGAAUUUUGCGGCCCCAAUUAUAAACACCGAUUCCAACGAUGUGGAAAGCACAGACACAAGUCCCUUCUGGAUUGUUGCGGAGCAGCAGCAGUGUCGCUGGGAAAAUAUUGCCUGUGACGUAGGAUCGGUCGAGACACUGAUGAUCCGCGGGAAGAAUUUAGAUGGAACCAUUCCAACGACCAUUGGAUUGUUGACUGGGUUACGCCGGUUGGAUUAUGGUGCGUACCGUAAGAAUUUUGUUUUUACUUUUCUUAAUGGAGUUUCCAUUCUCAUUUGAUCCAUUCCGUCCAUUCUGUUGUGGUUUGUAUGUUGUUGUUAAUUGCAAUUCUUUCUUCCCUUUCGAAAUAAAACGAUGCACUUCUUCAGACGGCGAUGGUCUCAAGGGCACCAUACCGUCGGAGUUGGGUCUCUUGACCAAUUUAAAGCGACUCGAUAUCGAUGACAAUGUUUUGACGGGGUCUAUUCCGACUGAGUUUGGUAACUUUGUUAACAUGCUCGAACUCGAUUUGGAUAAAAAUAAGCUUACUGGUUCCAUCCCGACGGAAUUCGGUCUCAUGAUGAGUGUGAGAGAGUACGAUUUGAGUAAGUCAUCUAUAGGAUCAUCCAAUCUCGCGGGUGAGGUUGGAUUUCAUUACCGCGUACGAUGAAGUUAAAUCAAAUCUCAUCUUGUCUUCCAUGAUUUAAUUUAUCAAAGUUUACAAUCAGCUUACUGGGAGCAUCCCGACAGAAAUAGGAAACUUGAAAAACUUGGUGAUGUUAGGAGUCGGUAAGUAAGACCCAUUGAGAUGUUUCAUUUCCUAUUUAUUUGGAAAAUGCUAAUAUUGUCGAAUCCAUCCUUCCUUCUUGUUUCUUUCAUAGUUGGCAAUAAUCUCACCGGCUCCAUUCCUAGCGAGAUAGGCAAGUUGGGAAAAAUCGAACGACUCACCCUGGCCAACAACAGAAUCGGCGGCACUAUUCCGAAUGAGAUACAGCUCACGAAGGAUACCAUGAAAGUUCUUUGGCUUUCAAAUAAUGUAAUCAAGGGCACCAUUCCACCAGAGAUUGGCGAGCUCACCAUUCUGGAGGAGCUUCGAUUGGACGACAAUCGGUUGACGGGAUCCAUACCGACGGAAAUCGGAUUAAUGAUGUCACUGACCGUGCUGGAUCUGGCCGAAAAUGACCUGGACGGCACGAUACCGACCGAGCUCGGGCUUCUCACGAACCUCAGGGAACUCCUGCUGGAAGGGAAUUCGUUUACCGGCGAUAUCCCCUUCAGCGUUCUGUCGCUGGAAAAGCUCCACACGCUGACAUUUGACCAAAAUUCCCUCGGCGGAUCCGUUCCCGGCGACAUCCAGACGACGGCGCCUUGCAUGCUCUGCCGCGGAAUCAGCUACGAGCUGAUCCCCGAGCGCAACAACGACGCCGAACUCCCCGGGGCCUUUGCGUGCCGGACCCUGCUGCAGGACAAGUGGGACGGCCGACCGCUCUCGGCCCGCGACUGUGCCACCCUGAAGAACGUUUGCGUGCGCUGCACCCUGGGGGGAGACUACACGGACGGCGACGGGGCACGACAGAUCGCUCCCACCCUCCGGCGCACCUAGCUCGGCGACAAGGACGCCGCGGUGGUCGGGGCUGCUGCCAGCGGGGAACCACGGGUCCGCGUUGCCGAUUCGAUUCCAUUCCGGUCCGGUGACCGCCACAGCCCGCCGCGUCCCCUCUGUCGAGACGCCCCAGACAGCGUGGCAUGCCACGAACACGCUUCGCACCCAUCCUCUGCAGGCGAUCAAACGGGCAGCGAACGAGAACCGAGACACACCACACGGUUUAUUAUCUGCCACCCAUAGAAUGUGCAGACCAAGGUUCCGCGUACUGUUUUCUGCUACCGUCAAGCGAUUUUACUUGCAUCGUACUCGUACGACAAGAACCUCUAAAUUAGUAAGAAUAAUAUAUUAGGCAAAGU